CCACAUACGUAGGCUGAUGGCGGUAGUUUCUUAUAUAUUCCAGCACUUACAUACUACAGCAGAUUUAUCACGAUGUAACCUUUCAUUCGACGUCCAACCCGUCAGAAAAUGCGUUUACCAUCUCACAUACAACUUCCCUUCCUUGCCUUACAAUUUUACUUUCUUGAGGAUGAUGUACCUCUUUAUUGUCGAUUUUCAUGUUAUUGUUUAAACUUUACGUAUCAUCCUUAUCAAAUAAUCGACUCUUCUCCUUCUACUUACCAGCAGUGCUAUGGCCAAUUCCAUCACCACAGACAAACCGCACUGGACUGCUCUGGCCGCAGAGAAGAAGCAAAGGCAGUUAGAAUCCAUUCCACAUGAGUGGAUUGUGACUCCACCUUCGGACUCUACUCUGGACGUAUCUGCUUUUCCAGAGACAUGCGGCCUUCUGAACGCGAGAGAAAUUGAGAUCACCAAUACUUCAGUAGAUGUUUUGUUGGAGAAACUCGCAUGUGCUGCAUGGACAGCCGUAGACGUGACCACCGCGUUCUACAAGAGGGCCAUCGUUGCCCAUCAACUUGUCAAUUGCUUGACGGAAAUUUUUGUUGAUCGUGCAUUGGCCCGAGCAGCAGAACUCGAUGAUUACCUGAAGACCACAGGGCAGGUCGUUGGGCCUCUUCACGGGCUGCCAAUCUCCUUCAAGGACCAGCUAUGUAUCAAGGGACUGGAAACUACUAUAGGGUAUGCUUCGUGGGUUGGGCAGUACGCGGACGAAAACGCAGUGUUAAUCGACAUUCUGAUUGAAUGCGGAGCUGUACCAUUUGUCCGCACUAACGUUCCGCAAACACUUGCGUGGCCAGAAACCUUCAACCAUGUCUUCGGCCGGACGACAAACCCAUACAACCGCUCUCUGACCUCGGGUGGGUCAUCAGGAGGAGAGGGUGCAUUAGUUGCUCUCAAAGGAAGCCCUUUGGGAGUUGGUUGCGAUCUCGGAGGUUCUGUUCGUAUUCCCUCUGCGUUCUGCGGCUUAUACGGCCUUAGACCUUCAUACGGGCGUCUGCCAUACUAUGGUAUCCGUGGUACACUUGACGGCCAAGAUUCGGUUCUCCCCGUAUUAGGUCCCAUGGCAAACAGCGUCGUCGGUAUCAAAGUCUUCAUGAGAGCUGUGAUUAAUACUAAACCAUGGCUCAAUGACCCUCUUGCGGUUCGGAAGAAAUGGGACGAAGACGAGUACAAUCUUGUAGACCACGGCGGGUCUGGCAAGAAUUUGUGCUUUGCAAUCAUGUGGGAUGAUGGCGUUGUUGUUCCCCACCCACCUAUCAGGAGGUCUCUGGAGAUCGCCAGAGCGGCUCUUCAGAAUGCGGGCCACAAAGUUGUUGACUGGAAACCCAUCAAGCACAAAUUACUUGGAGAUAUCACGCGUGACAUCUGGAACGCUGGUUCCGCUGAGGAAUACAUGAUCACGACCUCUGCCACAGGGGAGCCACUAAUUACAUCAAUGGGAUUAGACGUCGCAAAUGUUACAGUAGCAUCCUUCCGUCCGCAGAACGACGGUAUUACAGCAUACCAACUCUGGCAAUUGCAGAAGUUGCGUCAAAAAAUCCGGAAAGAAUAUUUAGACCACUGGAAAGCAACUGCGUCGGAGACUGGGACAGGACGGCCUGUCGACGCCAUCAUCUGUCCAGCCGCCCCGUUUGUGGCAACUCCCCAUGGGAAGAACAGGUACGUUGACUACACGGCCGUUUGGAACGCGCUCGACUAUGCUGCCGCCAUUUUCCCUGUGACCACUGUCGACUCCACUCUCGAUGGGAAGGCACCUCACGCUUUCUACAACGACUUCGAUAAGGAUGUUUAUGAAAUGUACGAUCCGGAGAAAUUCAGGAACGCUCCUGUUUGUUUGCAACUUGUCGGUCGGACUCUGGAAGAAGAGGCGGUCAUAAGGAUGACAGAAAUAGUCGACGCGGCGCUGUUAGCUGCCAAAUAGGUACAAGGGAUAUCUACCGAAACGCAGAGCACUGGUUAUCGAAUGAAUCUGCAUCUUGGUCCAGCAUAUGCAUUGUAUCUUGUUGUCUCACACAAAGUCCCUCACCUGAUCCUUGAACCAUGCUUCAUCCUUCCCCAUGAUUCUAUUGACAUCCGGAGAAUGUAGGCGUCAAUGAUAGAAACA